AUGUCGGUGAAGUGGAUUUUAUUCUGGGUGGGAUCUUGGGAGAUCCUGGGUGCAAUGAUUUUUAUUGGUAUGCGGACGUCAUCCCAGGCACCCCAUGUGAGGGUGGCUAUUGCUGCCCGCGAGGUUGUGCAAUUUUUCUUUUGUAUGGGCUCCUAUCUUGGGCUUGGACUAUGCGCCUGGAGAUUUCCCGCAAAGUUGGACGAAGAUUUGGAAGAUCCAUCUGUACCUACCAUGAUCAUCAGAAGAUCGGAGCGCCCAGUGGAGGCAGAUUCGCGAACUCCUCUAUCAGAGACCGACAGAUCGCAGUCAGUUGCGGAAAUUGCUGCGACGAGGCCCAUCUUGGAGGCAGAUUCAAAUGUUACUCAUGAGAAGCCGUGA